GCCAUGGAUUUCUCUCCAAAGCUUUUGGUUAAAACGGCACGUCCCACUCCUGAUGUCAGUGCUGGAGAACGAUGGGGUGUGGAGUGGAGGGAGAAGGAGUUCAGAGAAAGAGCGAGGGAUGUCGGAGAAAGGGAAGGGGAGGAGGAAACAAGGGAGGCAGCCUGUUGCUCCUGAUCAUCAAACAGCCUCCUCGUACUCCAGGAGCCCGGGCGCCUUUCGCACAGAUGGAGCAGAGUUAAAAGAGCCGACGGCACAGGCUGGAGAGCGCUUUUCCUUUCUGUCUCCAUGCGCGCCUCUCAUCAUCUUCAGUUUGACAAAAGCUGUUGAGGAGCUCAAGCAAGAGUGAGAGCGUGGAGACGGCGUCCUGGGCACAGGGAUGUGAGCGGAUCAGUAAAGAUGACCCUGCUGGCAGGCGAUGGCUCGGACUACGACUACAGCGCCCUGAGCUGUGCUUCUGACACCUCCCUCAACCAGCCUCCCCAUCAGGAGGAGGAGGCCCGGAAGGGGGCCUUCUACAAGCGGGCCCAGCCUCUCCCCCAGCUCGUCUCGGACAACGCGCCCCUGUCCGGCAAGCGUAAACUGCACGCCAUCAUCAAUGUGGGCGGCCUGCGCUACCAGCUGCCCUGGACCACCUUGGAGGACUUCCCUCUGUCCCGCCUGGGCCAGCUGCGCCUCUGCAGCAGCUUCGAUGAGAUCAUGCGCGUCUGCGACGACUACGACGUCACGCACAACGAGUUCUUCUUCGACCGCAGCCCCUGCGCCUUCCGCACCAUCCUGACCUACCUCCGGGCGGGCAAGCUGCGCUCCCUCAGGGAGAUGUGUGCCCUCUCCUUCCGAGAGGAGCUCCUCUACUGGGGGGUUCCCGAGGAGAGCAUGGAGUGGUGCUGUCGGCGGCGUCUGCUGCAGCGCGUGGAGGAGUUUGAGGCCAUGGAGAGAGCCCAGGAGGAGGAGGAGCUCCUGGAGGACCUGCUGGACUCAGAGGGCGGCCGCAGGGAGCGCUCCGGCGAGUCCAGAGUGGGGAAGUGCAUGAGCAGGCUGAGGGACAUGGUGGAGAGGCCGCAGUCCGGCCUCCCGGGGAAGAUCUUCGCUUGCUUGUCAGUGCUGUUUGUCACCAUCACUGCCAUCAACCUCUCCAUCAGCACCUUACCGGCCAUGAGGGAGGAGGAGGAGGCGGGCACAUGCUCCCAGAUGUGCUACAACAUCUUCAUCGUGGAGACGGUGUGCGUGGCCUGGUUCUCCCUAGAGUUCACCCUGCGCUUCAUCCAGGACCGCAGCAAGCUGGCCUUCCUCAGGAAGCCGCUCAACCUGAUCGACGUGGUGGCCAUCCUGCCGUACUACAUCACCCUGCUGGUGGACAACACCUCCAAGGAGGUGUCCACCAACACCUACCUGGACAAAGUGGGCUUGGUGCUGCGCGUUCUCCGAGCGCUGCGCAUCCUCUACGUGAUGCGGCUGGCCCGCCACUCGCUGGGCCUGCAGACCCUCGGGCUGACGGCCCGCCGUUGCACGCGGGAGUUCGGGCUGCUCCUCCUCUUCCUGUGCGUGGCCAUCGCGCUGUACUCCCCCUUGCUUUACUUGAUCGAGAACGAAGUGGCCGGCACGCAGGAGUUCACCAGCAUCCCCGCCACCUACUGGUGGGCGGUCAUCACCAUGACAACAGUGGGAUACGGCGACAUGGUGCCAAGGAGCAUCCCGGGCCAGGUGGUGGCCCUGAGCAGCAUCCUGAGCGGCAUCCUGCUCAUGGCCUUCCCCGUCACCUCCAUCUUCCACACGUUCUCGCGCUCGUACGUGGAACUGAAGCAGGAGCAGCAGCGGCUCCUGCAGAGGAGGACUCACUUCCUGCUGCGCAGCCGCAUGGCCGGCCUCGGCAACAACCUCUCCCUGGAGAGCGACGUGAUCUUCCCCAUGGGUCCAUCUGACCCCAGGGACCUGGAUGACUGAGACCGCCAGCAUGGAACAAGAUGUAAAAAAAAGAAAAUAACUUUUCAUUAUGGGAUUGCUAAAGUAUUCAUGUUUGCUGCAAUAAAGUUUAGCUUUACUUCUUCUGUA